CCAAUUUAACUGUCUCCCUCCAUGCCUCAGGCGGGUGAGUGCCUGUCUCGUUAGUGAAUCCCAAAGCCACAAAACAAAGAAAAAAACGUCAAAAUUCUCCUUAGCCUUCGAUUUGAAAGGUUAAUAGGGAGCGAGCGAGCCUGAAAAUGCAAUGGAAAUGUGGGGUUCUUCAAUGGUGGACAGUCUGAGAAUAAGCACAAUAAUUGGGUUUAUCAAACCUAGCGGUGGUGAUUGUUGGUGGGGUGCUUUUGUUUCCUGUAUUUCCUGGUUGUGACGUUGACAGAAUAACUAUUCCUGUUGUUAUGGUGUCUUUGGCGGCUGCUUUCAAAAUCUUUGCCAUGUUUAACUCUGGGAUUGCCCAAAAGGCUACUGCCAUUACCAUUCUUGAUUCUCCUCCUGAUACUUCUGUUGUUGACUCCAUUAAUCUCCUUCGAAGACGGCAGAGGUACAAAACAUGGCUUUGGUGGAGUCGGUUUGCGUUGGCAAUGACUCUCCUGCAAACUGCGACUGCAAUUUACCUUGUGUUUAGUGUGGCUGAAUUUAUGUCUCAUGAUGGAACAUCAAGUAAAUGUCGCACAGGGACAGCUUCAAAUGGUAACAAGUGGAAGACAAAACUACUCAUUCCAUUUGUUAUCACAGUUUGUUCUGUUCCACUAAUGCAUUGUUUUGUGGGACCUGCGGUCCUAAGAUGGAGGUCUUUUUAUGAAACCCAAGAUGAUGCAUGGAAGGCACACUAUCAGGAGGUGUUUGACCAUGGAAUUCGUGAGGCUUUGUGCUGCCUGGGGCGUGUCAAAUACAUGGGGGCGCCUAAGGAAGAUGAAGUUUACUCAGUAGCACGAUUGUUGGGUGAUCUUAUUGCCUAUUGUGCAUCAGGCACUGGGCAUUUGGAACUUCUAGUAGGUUUGUUUUCUCCUCAUGCAGUUGCAUGUUGCUUAUUGAGUUGUUGGUAUUCUAUAAUCUCUAUCAUCAUAUUUUUUAAAAUUAUUCCUUGUGCAUGGCUCUACAGGCAAGGGAUUUUGACUCCAUCAACUCGUAACAGAUGGCCCUCACUCUCUGGAGAUAACUGGUGGCGGGGUCAUGCAGCAGCUUUUUUAAAAUAUGUUAAUUUACCCCCAGAAGCUCUUCGACAUGGUCGUGUUUGUCAGGAAAACUGUGAAGCUGCAUACUUUGUUGUGGUUCUACAUCAUCUAAGAUCUGUAGUGAUCUCUGUACGGGGAACUGAGACCCCUGAAGACCUCAUUACGGAUGGUUUGGGCAGGGAAUGCCUCCUUUCUAGAGACGACUUAGAUGGAUUGAUAAACCAUAUUCAAUCUGAUGUGAAGCGAAGGGUGGAAUCAUCCUUCCCACACUAUGGGCACUCUGGCAUAGUUGAGGCUGCACGUGAUCUUUAUAUUCAAGUUGAAGGAGAUCUUGCAGAUAAUGAAUCAGAAAACAGCUCUGGCUUGCUUUCCUCAUUGCUGGGAGCUGGAUGUGAAUGCGAUGGAUAUAGUUUGCUCAUAGUUGGCCAUUCCCUAGGAGGUGCGAUUGCUGCUUUGCUAGGACUGAGGGUACAUUUACUGUACCCAACUUUACAUGUCUAUGCAUAUGGACCCCUUCCAUGUGUGGAUUUGGUCAUAGCAGAAGCAUGUUCAGAAUUUGUUACAAGCACUGUACACAACAAUGAAUUUUCUACACGGCUUUCAGUUGAAUCACUCCUGCUCCGCGCUGCUGCAAUUGUGGCACUUGCACGGGAUUCCAAAGCUGAUAAAGCCUUGAUUUGUAGGCUUGCUUGUCAAUUCCUCUCUGUGAGCAUGAAUCAAAGAGGGAGGAUUGAGGUAGUUGAUCCAUCAGAGCUACAUUCUGCAGCCACCACAGUAGAAGAACUGGAUCACAAAGACUAUGUGGGAAGCAAAAGGGCGGAUCAUAGUUAUUCUCCCUGGAAUGAAUUAGACAGGACCAAUAGCGGCGGUGAUACAGAUCACGACAAUUUUGAAAAUCCAUUUUAUGACAAGACUGCUGUCAUGAGUUCAUUAGAUGAUCCUGUAUCACAAUUUUUGGAAACUGUCCCCAGGGCUGAAAAUGAGUCAGCUGGCGAUGAUGCAGAGAUGUUUCUACCAGGCCUUGUGAUUCAUAUGGUACCACAACAAAGGCAUGUCAGUAUGCCCUUCUGGAAAGGCUGGAGCGUUCAAGAAUGGGUACGGAAUUAUAAUGCUUAUUUAGCAAACAGAGAAAUCUUUAAAGAUAUUGUUUCACCAAAUAUGUUCAUUGAUCAUCUGCCUUGGAGAUGUCACAACGCCAUGAGAAAGGUGUUGGAAUCUCAAAAUGACAAAGGCCUGCUUGACGUAUCUCAAAUCGUGUGAGUUACAUGCAUUCAUUUUUUCUUCUGCCAUUCUGGCUUGGAGCUGCAUGUCUGAUAUCUAAUGGAGUAAGACUGAAGGAAAGAAAGAUAUAACCAAGAUCUACAAGUGAGUCUGCAUGAAGCAGACCCCAGACUUGGAAAAGGAUAGGAGCAGUAGCAUGUUUAAUUUUUACAGCCGAGGUUGCUCCACAUUCCAAUUUUCAUGAUCAAGCUGCAGUCAUUCAACAGAAAACUGUAAACGUAUAACAAUCUCCAACCAUUCUUUGCUAGCGGAGCAUCCCCACAGUUAAAUUGUACAGAAGAUGUUUAACAUUCGAACUUCCAAAACUCAAACUGUUGACAAUAUUGUAGCCAUUCUACAAAUGAUUUAAAACAAGAAAAUUGUAAAAGCUGUUAAAUAUAGAUGGACAAGUGCCAAGUGGUGUCUUCAAACUUUGAUGGCUUCUUCUGACAAUGAAAAACUAUCUCUCUCAUCAA